AGCAAAAUCCUAAAGGUCACCGGGAAGGAUUUCUGUUUUAAUUGUUUUCUACUAGUUCGCACGUGCCCUAUAUAUUAUCUCACGUGUUCUUCCCUUUCCUUUUGGCAAUCCAUUCAGCAAUUUGGUUACAGCAUCACCAAUUCAACAUACAUGUACGAUCGAGCAGCUGUUUUGAGUUGUUUACUCUGAAGGAAGGAAGGUUUCUGAUCCGGCACAACCUUUAAGAAAGGUUUCGAUAAACACGUGCAGCCAUAGGUUUGCAGAAAACGAUAGAAAAUCGACUCAUGCGUUUUAAAUAACAAAACACAGCUGUAGACCACCUUUGCUCCACCCUCUGCAAACCACGCCCAUCGCCACUUAUGUAAGACCCUUAUGCGCGUUUGCAUCUUUACCCCGUCAGGCUACCGACAUUAAACGGCUCAUCGUCGUUGUUUGUCCUCAACAUGCGUCUCGGGUCCACGUUCCAGUUGGGAUCAGCUCUGUUGGUUCUGCUGGCAGGCUGUCAACAAUGUGUCUCAGCUGACAGUGAGACUUUGGCUCCACCAGAGGUCUCUCAGUACAAUGGCACUCUGUAUGCAACCUGCAAAAUGAGACCCAGCACUUCCCUGGCUGAUGGUCUGCCCAAAGUGUACGGUCGAGUGCUGUUAAAGCAAGAUUAUCCUCUGGGGAAACUCAAUGUCCUUCUUCGGUUCAAUGGCUUCCCCACAGAGGGCGAUUCGCAGCCCAGGGCGGUGCACAUCCAUCAGUACGGAGACCUGAGCCAGGGGUGUGACUCCACUGGCGGCCACUACAAUCCACACGGUGCACAUCACCCCAACCACCCUGGAGACUUUGGGAACUUUGAGCCUCAGGAGGGAAAAAUCACUGCAAUGAUCGAAUCUGAGGCGACGCUGUUUAGUGCGCUGUCCGUGAUUGGAAGAGCAGUGGUGGUCCAUGAAAAGAUGGACGACUUGGGGCGCGGUGGAGACGCUGGGAGCCUGCUGCAUGGAAACGCGGGCCGGAGGCUGGCGUGUUGCAUUAUUGGGAUUGCCUCCCCAGAGGCCUGGAAUACGCACAAUAAGCUGUAUAAUAGGCGGCUGUGGAGAGGUUAAGUUUUUACAGGAAUGGAAUAUACCACAGGUGAAAAUCAACCACAAACAAGGAUGAAUCCCUCUGACAUACGUUGCAUUCCAAUUUGGUCAAUACCUGUUUUUUUAUGGGGUCAGAUCAGUCUCAAUAAUUGCAAAUGCACACAGAACAACUCAUCAAUACGUCCAUCUAUACGUACAUACUUCAUCUAUACUGUACUUUGUUUAACAUACAAAACAAAGAUGUAUCAUAAUCCGCUUUUCCAUUAUAAAAUAUGGAAAACCACAUUCAUGCAUUUGUAUCUUGGCACAGUCAUUGCAAACAUGUUGGCGUGUUGAUAGCGUUUAGCUUAAGGCACCUGCAUUAUAUCUUUAAAUUGAAGCUUCCUCGUGAGGACUCAUUUAGACUCUAUAUUAAAUACGUUUUCCAACAAACCAGUAGUUAAACUCUUUAUUAUUCAGAAAUAAGUUUUUGUUCACAUUUUUGCAAACCCUGAAUAUGUAUGGCUCCAUGUCGUUUCUAGCUGGUCAGUUUUGUUUCACCACAAACAGGACGAAGACGAUAGUGCUGGUUAUGUAGAUCUUGUAGUUUAGAGACUAAUGUCUGGACAUUUUUCCUUCAUUUAGUUUGUUAACCACCAUCUGACAAAUUCUUAUGUCUUUAAAAUAUUUGCCAAAAGAAGCCUGGAAAUAAACAUGUGUGUUAAAGAAA